AUGGGGCCUUCGGCCCGCGAGACCCAAGAACACGAGUCCAAGAUGAAUGCGGCUGAAGCAGAAAAGGUCGUCCACAUCGUUGAGUCAGUACUUGACGCUGGUUGCACCGCCGAAGAUUUGGGGAUUGUGACUCCCUACAUGGCGCAGGUUAGAUUGCUGAGAACCUCUUGGCGAAACCGCUGCAAGGAGAGGGGCGCGAAGUGGAACGCUUCGAGGAUUUCAAGAGCACUUGAAAUCGCAAGUGUAGACAACUUCCAGGGCCGCGAGAAGGAGCUGAUUGUUUUCUCGGCGGUGAGGAAUAAUUCAGCUGGGCGGGUUGGAUUUCUUGCAGACUGGCGACGGCUCAACGUCAUGCUGACUCGUGCUCGUCGGGGUUUGGUUGUCGUUGGCCAUGGCCAGACUUUGCAGAAGGAUCCUUACUGGUCCAAGUGGCUUCGUUGGUGCGCAGACCAUAGAGUCAUUGUGGACAAGCAGGCCUGGCACGACAUCGUCCGCGCGGCAAAACGGACGGCUGCGAACCAGCAUGCCAAGUCGCUCAUACAUCGCCUUUUCGAGUUCGAGCAGGUGCAGGGCUGCAGGGCACGGAAAGGUCACCUGCACAUGCUAUCCCGUUAA